UAUCAGCUAGCCCCCAGCCAGUGCUAAAGCAGCCUGUCUGGGCACCCAGGACUUCAGCACCUCAGACAGCUCCAGUGCUCCCCAGAAUACACUGUUCAGCUGGAAUUUUACAGUACCCUUCCUUGGAAACUGCAAAAAGACAAGUUUCUCAAGUCACCUGAGGCACAGAGAUGGAAGCCAGAAGCAAACCCCAGCUCCUCCUGCUCCUGGCGCUCUCCAGUGUGCUCUUCUCACAGAAUUCUGCAUGGCCUCUCUUUGGACCAUCUUCUGCUCUGAGGUUGGAUGACAGAAUGCCACUGGAAGGAGCAAAUGAGCCAGACCAAGUUUCAUUAAAAGCAGACACUGACAUCUUGCAGAAUGCUUUAGCUGAAAAUGACACACCCUAUUAUGAUGUAUCCAGAAAUGCCAGACAUGCUGAUGGAGUGUUCACCAGUGACUACAGUAGGCUCUUGGGUCAACUUUCUGCCAAAAAAUACCUUGAAUCCCUUAUUGGGAAGCGGGUUAGCAGUACAAUCUCAGAAGACCCUGUGCCCAUCAAACGCCACUCUGAUGCAGUCUUCACCGACAACUACACCCGGCUUAGAAAACAAAUGGCUGUAAAGAAAUACUUGAACUCAAUUCUGAAUGGCAAGAGGAGCAGUGAGGGAGGGUCCCCUGACUUUCCUGAAGAGCUAGCAAAGUAAUGAAAAAGCUCUUGGAGUCCAGCUGAUGAGAAGCGAAUUCCUGAAGGAAAAUGAUAGGCAACAGUAAUUACAUUUUGAGUUCUACAUAACUAAUUCAAGAAAACAACUUCAAUAUUGAAACCAAAUAAAGUGUAGUGUCGUGAAUGUCGUGGUUCAUUUUCUUCUGAUGUAACAACUGUGAUGUUUACACUGUAAAUAUUAUUUGAGUUAUAAAAUGUGUCUGUAGCUCAUGAAAGGCCUGUAAUUUCAUAUGCUGUAUAUUCUUUCUAACAAAAGUAUAUUUAAUGAUAAGUAGAUACUAGGUUAAUUACAAUUAUAUGAGAUUCUCUGGAAGACUGGUAAUAGAGGGAAAUUGAUGUGUUUAUUUAUAGAGUGCAGUUAGCUGUUCAGAAGAAUAGAGCAGAUAACCGGUGUGUCUAAAAUUGAAUGUUAAGCAGAUAGAAUGCUGUGUUAACCCCCAAAAUAUCCAAGAGAAUGCCAACAGAAAAGAGGAAAAAGAAAUUCUUCAAAAAAGAUUUUUGAGAAAAUUCACCACGUUUCCACAUUGAUAGAAAACUUCCUCAUGGGAAAAAAACUCUCACGAAUCUGGAUCACUAAUCGCCAAAGGCUUUCCUCGGACCCGUGUCUCUGCCAAGGACUUACUACUUUGGACCUGCCCUUUAUGCUUGUGUAAAGUGAAUGCAAAAUGGAAACUGAAUAGAAUGUUUGUUUUUUAGGAAUAAAUAUUUUUUCCAUAAUCAGUCAGAUUAAUGUUUGGUCAUAUCAGCUUCCUCCAGUGAAAGUACAUUUGAGGACACAACUAUUUUUCCAAGCCGAUUGUAAGAAAUUAAAUAUAGGAAAUAAAGAUCUUUGACUAUCA